AUGAGUAUUUUAGCUCGUAGUCUUUAUGCUUAUCGAUUUUUCGAAAUUGUAAAUCGUGUAUGUUUAAUACAAUCAGUAUCAUGUCUUUCGGAUUCAACAACAACAACAGGUAAAGAUCAAACAAACACAUCAAAUGAAUCAUUACGUUCAUGUGAUUUUGAAAUAUUUGGUGCUGUUCAACAUGUUUAUUUUCGUCAACAUACGCAACAACAAGCUACAAAAUUAAAUCUUAUUGGAUGGGUUAAAAAUACUGAAAUGAAUACAGUAAAAGGACAUAUGGAAGGACUAAAAACUAAUAUAGAUCAAAUGAAAAUUUGGCUUCAAACAAAAGGAAGUCCAAAAUCAAAGAUAACUAAAGCAGAAUUUACAAAUGAAAAAUCGAUUACAAAAUUAAUUGGAAAUACAUUUGACAUUAAACGAUAA